GUGUGGGGGCAGGAGUUUCAACUAUAAAAAUAUCUGUAUAAAGAGUUUCUAACUCUUGGCAGUGUCCCUUUAAGUACCUAAUGGGCCUGAGACUGAUUUCCCCAGAGAAAGAGAACUCCCGAGCUCUUUUAUUACUGCGCAAGGCUCAGGUGCUGCUACAGCUCCCGAGUCCCGACUUUCCCUGGGAAAAGGAAGCAACAUCAAGCGUAGAGACAGGCUGGGACGCCCAACUCCUGAGGCGUGCAGGCAGGGUGAGGUGCCCCCAGGUGAGGGCGAUCCGCUUGCUACGGGCGGUGCGCGGGAGUCAGUCCAGAAGCGCCACCCGGUUCUUAAGGAGGGACCCUGUUUUGUAACCCGAAAAGCAACGAUCACUCCCGGGAGGAGAAGAGGGUUUCCUAGGUCAAUCAGCCCGGCCCCGCUAACGGAGCUGGGCUCCCGGGACAGAGGGAAUAGCUGGUAUGUGUGGCCGACACGGGAGCAGAGGGCGUGGGAGGGCGGCUCGACCCUACAGCGACACCUGGCCUCGGGCUGCGUCCGCCAGCCACGCUGCGAUCACAGCAGCCGCCUGACACGUGCUGCCUCGCCUGCUGACCCCAGCCUAUCCUCCUCGACCUCCGGCCGCGCCCCCAGACCGCGUGGGCCCAAGGACGGGGCUCCGCAGGGCAGCGAUGCGCCGGCGUAGGGAGGAUUCACUAGCCCCGGGAGGCCUCCCCCGGCCCGUAGCCCGGGCCAGAGGGGUCGGUGUUGUACCCCAGCCGGGUGUGUCUCCUCCCUGCCGUGCGCGAUGGGAGGGACGGCUGCUGGGGCUGCUCCACGCCUGGCGACGGCGGCUCCGGCCCGGCUCCCCUUCAGCGCAGAGGCGCCAGAGCUGGCGCUGUCACAUGAUGCGGUUCCUGGAAAGUUCCUGGAAAGCAGCCUGUGCAGUCACCAGCUCGGAGAGGCGGGGGGCGCCCUGGGCUAAAUACGUGCACGCGUCUCCGUGCUGCCGGGGGGUGGCCCGCUGUCCCGGCGGCUCGAGCCCGCUCCCCUAGCAGAGGCCUGGGCGGUGCGGGCGAGAGGGGCUCCCCGUCUGCCUCCCGCUUCCGCGCGCGGCUCGCCCAGCGAAUAAGAGCAACCUGCUCGCCCCCCACGGGCAGGGCUCCGGGGGCCGACCCCCACCUGGCUUCUCCUUGUCUCCAAGCCCCCCGCGCGGCUACUGACCCAGGGACGCUGGUGAGGCGAAGGCUGCGGCGGGCGAGGACGGCCCGGCGCCCCGGGCAAGGAGCUGGGGCCAUGUCCGAGCGGCGCUGAGAACCGGGCGCCGCGGGGCUGGAGCGGAGCCCUCCGUCCUUCCCGGGCUGUGACCGGCGGGUGACUUCUGCCUCCCCCCAAAUGACCCUGCGCUCUUCCGAGUCCUCGGAUGGCGCGGAGCGGGCCGGGACCGAGUGGCGGGGUCCCGGGGCUGAGGUGACCGAGAGGGCGGCGGCGGAGCGCCUGGUCGCGGCCAUGGAGGAGCUGAGGCGGGCAGGAUGGUACUGGGGCAGUAUGAAUGUUGCUGAAGCCAAAGAGAGAUUACAAGAUACUCCUGAAGGUACUUUCUUGGUUAGAGACAGCUCCCAUUCAGAGUAUCUACUGACUAUCUCCGUAAAAACAUCAGCUGGACCAACCAAUCUGCGUAUCGAGUAUCAAGACGGCAAAUUCAGACUGGACUCCAUCAUAUGUGUCAGAUCUCGGCUUAAACAAUUUGAUAGUGUGGUCCAUCUGAUUGAAUACUACGUUCUUACAUGCAAGGAUAGAAAAACUGGGCCUGAAACUUCAUCAAAUGGAAUAGUGCAUCUUUAUUUGAACAAACCUCUCUAUACUUCAAUUCCAUCUCUGCAACAUCACUGUAGAAUAACUAUAAACAAAUGUACAAAUAAGAUCUUGGAACUGCCUUUACCAACAAGAUUAAAAGAGUACUUGAAAGAGUAUCAAUACCAGGUAUAAAUAUCUUUUCUAAAUAUAUCUCACGUAGAGUAAUUUUGAAUGCAACUAUUAAGAUCAGCCAAAGAACUGAGUAUCUAGCUGUACAAUUCAGCAUGGAAUUUAUCAUCAAAAUAGGGUCAGUCUAUUGGGGGAGGGGAGGGGAGGUUUGGAUUUAAAAUGCCUCCAAAUAAGGUUCUGCGCAGAGCCUUCCCAAGUCAUAUUUUUGAUGGGAGUGGAGGGGGUGAGGCUGCAGUCUCUUUAACAAGGUAUGUUGGGAUCCUUGGGAUCCUGUCCAAGAUGUACAGUGUUAUGUUUGAAGAAAAUGGUGUAGAGCACUGUAAUGGCCACCAAGUAAUAUCUGAAGUGGUGAUCCACAGGCAGUGGGAGAGACUGCAGCUUUAGAUGGGAAAGGUCAUAGAAUAAGUAAAUGGCCUCAGUUGUCUGAUUCCAAGGCUAGUUAGGUGCUGAUGCUGGUAUGCUUUUGCAAUGUUAAGUGGCUUGUGCUUGUGAUUCUCUGGCCAAACUUAUGCAACUAAUCAACCAAGCCAAAAAGCUAUCAACCUCCGGUUUUAGUCUGUACUGAACCAUAAUCCUGUGGGGUUUUUAGCUCUUGUUUUUUUUUGCAGACACAAGAGUACUGCAGUAAUCAAAUUAAAAACCUUUUGGAAAUAAGCUUUUAAAACUGGAUUUAAGGGGAAACACUUCAUUAUCUUUCAGGGGACCCCAGUGUGUCACUGAUGUAUCAGAUUGGUAUACCAGCAUCUUUGUUGAUGUGUUAACAUCUUCCCUCCUUACUAUUUAGCCUCUUUUGGAUGAGGCCAUAGACUCUACACUGCAGCUGUGCAGUUGCUCAGUUUCAAUAUCUAAGCAUGAAUAUCAGCAGUUAUGGCUGCCUUCUACAAUGUAGAAGACCUUUUUCAAUUUGUUUCCUAGAAUUAUAGGAAAGUUUGUUUAUACACUGCUGUAGCUAUCAGAUUUCAGACUGUAUUCAAUAAAGUGAACCUAACUGCA